GCGGAGGACAAGCGACUCCCAACAUCCUGACACCCAUGCCAUGUGGUAUCAACCCAACAAAGAGCGACUCAGAGCAUACUCCACCUUCAUCACAGCGACCACCCGCCACUACCGUAAUAUCCGACGCACUUCCCGUAGUCGCUACUACCUCAUUGGCAGCUAGAACGUCAGUGCACCUUGAUAUUACCCUAAAGCAUGUCGGAUGGUGGACUCGGUUCUUGCUCUGGAUCGGCUGAGUGUCCAUCCAAUACACAGACAGUAAACGUUGAGGAAGACAUGUGGUGUAUUUUGUGCAUCAUUUUGAUACUUUCUAUCCUAUUGCAUCUAACACUCCCUCCUACUUUUCUGGUUGUUCUGCUACCUUUUCCCUCUUGAACCAUUUUUUUCGUCCUGCGUAACGGGCAGUAUGUGCAUGAAUUUCGGCCAGAGCAGGCAUAAUAUCAUGUACGCUUAAAGGUUGAAUGCAAUGGC